AUGCAAAAACUCAUACUUGUGCAACAAAAACUGGAAUUCCUUAGCCUGCAAGUCUGCAACACUUUCACCUUCUCUUCAACCUUCUUCUUCGUCUCCACCGGAACCAAACUCUUGCUUCACACAACUCUCAUCAACACCAAAACGAGCAAUGGCUCCAACGAUCAUUCCUUGCAAGACUGUGAUUUCGUUCGUAGACUUCAGUCCACAUUAGUCUCUGAAAAGCAGACUUCUUCGAGUCCUCUCCGAUCUUCUUCUUCUCUUCAACCUUCUUCUUUGUCAAACUCCACCUCUGCUUCACAUAACUCUCAUCAACGCCGAAACCAGCAAUGGCUCUAA